AUGGCAAAGGUGAAUGCAGUGCCCAUUGACGCCAUUCGGAAAUUAGCUCGUCUCGUUCUCACAGAAAAUAUAUUCACUUAUGAGAAAAGAUUCUAUCGACAAGUGGUCUGCGGUGCUAUGAGCUCCGCAUUUACUUUGACUUUAGCCAAUGUUUUCAUGGGAAAAUGGGAAAAACGAUUAGCUCAACAGUAUAUUGAUGAUCUCUUCUUUACUUCGAAUCAACCACUGAACAAAACCAACGAAAUGUUAGAUAUGGCCGUAGAUGUACUUAUUGAGAAUGAUCAUGGUACAUUGAAAACAUCGGUGUAUCACAAAGAAGCAGCCGAACCAUACAUAGGGCCGUUUAAUUCUGAUCAUCGUCAUUAUACCUUCAGAAAUACCAUUGACGCAGCACUUUUGUGUACUGUACACUAUUCAUCUACGCUAUCAAUUUUUCAAAUAGAACGACGUACAAUCAAACUAGUUCUUCUUUACAAUAGCUAUACACCACGAUUUAUCUACAACAGAUUCCACAAUUUCAUCACCACCUAUGCCAAAAAAUUAAACCUUCAGCCAUUCAUACAUGAUGAUAGUGAAUUCAGGACUAUCCGUCAGAAAACGCUCAGCAUUUCAAGUAUUCUGGAAUAUUGA